AUGUCGGCUUGCAACGUGGCCACGCCGGCCGCCAAGACGCCGCUUGAGUUGGGCGCCGCCACCGCGGACGCAGGGGACAGAUCGGGCGUGGACGCGGCCUGGCCCUGGCACAUGUCCCUGGGCGAGUUGGCAUCCAAGGGCAAGGCGCCGGAGGCGCUGGCCCCGGACGACUCCGCGGUGUACUCCCGGAACUGGUCCAAGUCUUCUUCGUCGACCGAACGCGGAUCCUCCCGGGACUCCAGGGGGGGACUGGUCGAAGUCCUCGUCGACGGCACCAUCCUCCCGGGAGUGGUCCAAGCCCUCGUCGACGCAGCUGCUCGGAGAUUUUGGGGAGCAGGUUAA